AUCUGCGCAAUCGACUGCCAUUUUGGAAUGAAUUUUUUGAGCACCUGAAACACAUCGUGCACUUGUUGGCUGUGCGCCACGAGCGAGAACGCUUUUUGGCGACCUGUGUUCGCCACACCGCCAGUGCUGAGUUUGAGUCACUGUUCGAGAGGGUGAACAUGUCUGGGCUUUACGAGAAGAGAUGGCAGGCCGUUUUGAAAGCUUUGCAAGCUUUGCUUCCUGUCUUUGAAGCAUUGAGGGGUGCGUGGUCCAGGGAAGCAUUUCUUCAUGGAAGUGCAGAUAGUGAUGCAGGCACAGCAGCAGGCGUGGAUGCAGCUCUGAAGUCAUCGAAAUUUUGUGCCUAUGUGUUUAUGGUUCAUGCAGUGCACGAAGUCCUUGGCAAGUUUCAGGGUUGGUUGGAAGCCUGCCCGUGUCAUGAAAACAAGUUUCCCUUCGUUUCAAGCACUGUUCGUCGCAAGAAACGCCGAAAGCUGUUCUCCAAGUUUGAGCAUGUCGAUUGCGCAAUGCGUGGUAAAAGGGCUGCUGAAUUGGCUCAUGGCCAAGUGGAUUCGGUUUUGACAGAGCUUUUCAACAUUAGCUUUUUGGAAGGUGCCGACUUCUUGCAGGGAGCCUUGAACAAUGCAGAUUCACAAAGCUUGCGUGAGGAAUUUAAUCUAGCGAAAACAUACCUACACUUUGGCUUGGUGCAAAAGUUCGAGUUUUGGCAGAAGAUUCCUUGGCGGUUGUGUGGUCUCAGCCACCAUUUCACUUCUGCUGCCAGGCAUGCAGCUGCCGCGUGUCUGUCCGAGUACGAUGCCUCUUUCAGUAAGCCUUCCAUGACUGUAGCUGACCAUCAUCCUUUGAGCGUAGAGUUCCUCUCUCCGGGGGGACCCCUCCGUGCCUCCUUGGAAACCUUUGUUGCAGAGGGGCGUAUGUCUCUUCAGUUGGAGGAGGCUGUUGCCCGACUGAAAUUCGUGCCAGUCACUGAACGCGUGAUUGAGGGCAUGCACCGUGACGUGAAAAUUGCUGCAAAGCACAUCCAGUUAGGACCGAGCAAGGUCAGCAUGACUGUCAGGUUGCCUGAAAUCGUUCGUCGGCUUGAAUCAAACCCGUCUUGCAAAGCUGCACUCAUCAGGUUCAUGGACAUCACGCGGCAUGCGCGACAGUCUGCAGGGGCUCUGGGUCUCAGCUCGCAUCCCUUGUUUGUAGGGUUGGUGAUGAACAAAGAUUUCAAGCAUGCGACGUGGCUUCGGGCAAUCACAACUGUUGUGCACCGCUGUGAGCUCGACGAACAGUUUGCUUCCUAUGCUUCCAUUAAAAAAACCCAUGAGGCAAAAAAGGAUAAGGAUGCCAAGAGGGCAAGGAUGCUGCAUGAUGUCUUGAACAGACCGGUGCCGAGAAACUACGAUAGCAUCAUGCGACGCUGUAUUGUCGACCACCUCCGUGCACAUGCGGAUACCAGCAGGGUGUAUUCCUUGCCUGUUGAAGACUCCUACUCUGUGCAGUCGCUUGUAAGUAACACUGGUGUCGGAGCUCCAGUAGAAGGAGAAGCUGCAGAGCGCAGGCUCGAUGAGUCGAAACUGUUCUUCAGGGUGCUACACGCCCGCCCAAGCAAAUUGAAAAGAGGCCCUGCCCCGAUUGCUGCCCCUCCAACCUUCCCGGUAGACUCGCUGGUUGUGACCGUGCAUUCACCCAUUGCUGGGGACGGUGAGCCUGUCAUUGAUAUCAACUCACGUGCUGUGCCACAGUUGCUACUGUCGCUUGAGUCGUGCGCUGUGCGUGAGAAGCUGUUGCAGUGGUCCCCCAAAGGCUUCCAACGCGACCCUGACACAGGACGAUGGCUAGUGCAGCUCACUGACCCAACUCCAGUUUGCAGAAUUGAUGAGCAGCUUUCUCUUGAUGAUGUGGAGUCCAUGGACACCAUGCAGUUAUUUCUUGCCCUUGAGCGGAACGGCUUCACUUGGGCAAAACUUCCCGAACGUAAGAGUGACAGGCAGGCCCUGAAAUUUGCACCAGGUGACCCCAAGAUCUUUUACACGUCCUCCCAUGCUGUUUCUUCUAGCUAUCUGUGUUGUCUCUUGCUCGCGGACAGGCUUGUAGGUGACGGGGAGGAACAGGUCCCGGCCAUACCGCACUGGGUGUCUAAGCCUGCCAAGGUGUACCCAGCCAUCUUGCAUGGAAGAAUCAGUGAGCUGCAGAGGCUGCAAGAGCCCUUGCCAGCUCUCAUGGCCGACGUGGACGAUGAGGAGCCACAUCCAGCGUUGGUUGCGGCACCUUAUGCCAGGCCGGGGGCAGUGCAAGAUGAGGUUGCAGACGAGGGUCAGGGCAGUGCCCGAGGCAGUGAUGCGGAUUCGGACUCAGUGCUGAGGGAGCUAGAGCGGCUGAUGGAAGCUGACGAAGUUGAUUCUGUAGGUGAGAACCAGUCUGUAGAUUGCGAGGAGGCUGCUGUCGAAGUUGAGGAUUUGCAGGACGUGCACGCUCAUGCUUCAGAAGCACAUGCUGAGGAGGUGCAAGAAGAACCGGUGUCAGUGCUUCCUGACGUUGGUCAUCACGUGGCAGAACCAGAGAGUGCUGAUGCUUCCGAUAUUGGGAGCCCUGAGCAGAUCAUUGCAGCUCUGCAAGAGCCUUUCGGCCCUUUCCGCUUCACGUACAAGAGGAAGAGCUCGCAGACGGCUUGCAAGAAAUUUUUGGGUCUCCGCAAUGAUUCGGCGCAAGAGCUCGAUGCUGCUGUCAGGGCAGUGAAAGAUAUGGCACCGGAUGCAUCAACAAUUUCCGCUGCUGUCUUGAUGCUUGCAGAUGUCGAGGACCUCGUGCUCUUCAUCUUCAAGCAGCAGUUCCAGCUCAUCGAGCUCGUGAGAAAGGACCCUCUCGUCUUCUUCGUCGAGAAGCACUUCCAGACCUCUUCACGAAGGCAAGGACAAGUGCCUGGCCUCGUGGUGGCCUGCUGGCCUCAAGGCUUCUGGUGGAUUGCAGCAGGUGCACAGCCUGGGCCUGAUAAUGACAUGGAGUAUGAUGACUCCGAUUUGGAGCCACAGCCACGGCUCAGCCUCGAACGUCCAAAGGGCGCCACAAAGCUGCGCAGAAAGCAGGCGGCCCUCGACAACAUAACGAAGAAGGCAAAAGCCCAAAAUCGAUUGGCUUGGUUGCACGAGACCUUGAACGAUCCGGAACAAACGAAGGACAUGCUGAACUCUUACACAGCCGCCAUGCAGAAGGCCAAGGAACUUGGAUCCAGGGGGCCACGCAAAGAGGCAUGGAGUCUCGUUGAGUACAUCGAGGUCGUCAAGGCCACCAGUAAGACCAAACGCACCGGCAGAGACCAGCUCAUGUGGAAACUUCAGGCGAUUGACUUCUACAAGAGCUUGGGAGGAGGGGGGCUGUCCCACAGCCAAGCCGAGAAGAAGUGGUCGGACAUGGAGGCUUCCUACAUUGCUGAGGGUUUGGAGCAUGACCACGAUGGCCCAGUGGAUGCUCCGCUUCGUCUUCCUGUGCGGGUUGCUGACUUUGUGGACCAAAGCGACUCCAUUUCCAGGCAGAAGCAGCGGACUCAGCCUCUGAUAAGGGAUUUGGUGCCACAGCCAGACAGCGAGCCCGUGACGAAGCAGAAGGCAAAGGCCGACGAGAAGCAGGAAGAUGAUGCACACGAGGAGGAGGACCCCGCAGAAGAGGACAAAGGAAGAAAGAGGAAGAGGGAGAAAUGGUUUGAUCGCGAUCGUGAAGUCAAUCGAGCUCAGAAGGCCUUGGCCAAGGACUUGGAGCGGCAGCAAACCCAAGCCGGCACGCUGCUGAGUGACUGGCAAAAGACGCAAACGGAGUUUGCCGCCUUGCCUGCAGAUGCUCAGAAGCAACUGCUUGGGGAGAAGCGCAUCGGCGAGACCAGGAUGCAAUGCUUAGAGCAUCUGCGUGACUGCGUGGCGAUGAGGCGACGCUGCAGCGACACCUCAGCAGCUACCAGAGCGAGACGGCUCCACGCAGCAAUGCUUCCGCUGCAUCAGCUGAUGCAAAGGGCCAGUUAG